AUGGCGCCAGUCAACCCAACGACGGCGCGACAAACGCUUGCUCGCGCCAGUAAUGUCGCUACUAUGGUAUGGAAAAGGGCAGCCAUAUUAGCUGCGCCAGAAGUCGCGCGCGCGACCCACCAUGCAUUGGCUCGCCGUGACUUAAGUGUCAACUCAACUCAGGGUGUCACCCUUGGUGUUAUCGCUGCAUACGUCGUCGCCAUCGCUAUUCUUUGGAACGUUCCGUAUCUUCGAAAUAUCCUUUGGCCUUUUAAGAUGCUCACGGUAGCGUUUCACGAGUUUGGCCACGCCAUCACCGCGUGUUGUACCGGUGGUCGUGUUGUAUCUAUCACCCUCGAUCCCAACGAAGGGGGCCAGACCCUUAUGAAGGGCGCCAUGAUUCCGGACGGAUGGCAGAGGCCGUUAAUCAAGCUUCGCUUUCAUUCAAACGGUCGGCUAACGGUUCAAUCUGCAGGUGUUCAAGCUAUUACUUUGCCGGCUGGUUAUCUGGGUUCGUCGCUCAUCGGAGGUUUGCUCAUCUUUUGCGGCUUCAACAUCAACGCAUCCAAGAUCGCGUCCAUGGUCCUCGGAUUUUGUUUCCUACUCACACUUUGGUGGGGGAAAAGAGACUGGCUCACUAUUCUGACGGUUCUUCUCGCUGUCGGGCUGCUUGUUGCGGCUUGGUUCAUUGCUCAUGCUCAGGCUUUGAGAUUCGUUGUUCUCUUCCUCGGAGUAAUGUCCGCUCUUUACUCCGCUUGGGAUAUCUGCGACGACCUCAUCAUGCGAAAAGUAAACAGCUCGGAUGCAAGCGUUUUUGCCCAGCGAUACGGCGGCUCAUCUCGAUGCUGGGGCCUUAUCUGGGUCUUCAUCAGUCUCUGCUUCAUGGCAAUCGCCAUUGUAGCCGGCAUCGCUGCCUUCCCGCAGAGCUUUUCUGAACAGGAGAGCGACUCGCAGAAGUUUUUGCCCACCUAA